AUGUCUGUCGCGGAACGUUUGAAAGAAUUGGAGCGGAUUUACGUGACUGGGGGCCAUGAAGAAGCGUUCAGCAUUGAAACCUUGCUCGAUGUUCUCCUGGUUCUUUUUGAUGAAUGUUGCAAUUCAACUCUGCGUAGAGAGAAAAACAUUUCGGAUUUCGUGGAGUUUGCACGGCCCAUUGUAAAAAGAGCUAAACAGAGCAGACUGCAAAGAGAGGACUUUGAGACUUUGAAAAUAAUUGGAAGAGGUGCCUUUGGAGAGGUCGCUGUUGUCAAGUUGAAAGGAACAGAAAAAGUGUAUGCCAUGAAAAUAUUAAAUAAAUGGGAAAUGCUGAAAAGAGCUGAGACUGCAUGUUUCAAAGAAGAACGAGAUGUUUUAGUAUAUGGAGACAGGCGGUGGAUAACUAACCUACACUAUGCAUUUCAAGAUGAUAAUUACCUGUAUCUUGUCAUGGACUACUACUGUGGUGGUGACUUACUAACAUUACUUAGUAAAUUUGAAGAACGCCUACCAGAGGACAUGGCAAAAUUUUACAUUGCUGAAAUGGUCUUGGCUAUCCACUCUUUACACAUGUUAAGAUAUGUUCACAGGGACAUAAAACCUGAUAAUGUAUUAUUGGACAAAAAUGGUCACAUUGUUCUGGCUGAUUUUGGAUCUUGUUUAAAGUUGUUAACGGAUGGCACAGUUCAAUCAUCUGUAGCAGUAGGUACUCCUGACUACAUAUCUCCUGAAAUUCUUCGGGCAAUGGAGGAUGGGCAUGGACGUUAUGGGCCAGAAUGUGACUGGUGGUCAUUAGGUGUGUGUAUGUAUGAAAUGCUGUAUGGUGAAACUCCAUUUUAUGCAGAAUCCUUAGUAGAAACAUAUGGAAAGAUCAUGAAUCAUCAGAACCGAUUUGAAUUCCCUGAUGAUAAUGAAGUAACACCUGAAGCAAAAGAUCUCAUGAGAAGACUCAUCUGUAGUGCAGAUGAGCGGUUUGGUAAACGAGGAUUAGAAGAUUUCAAAUGUCACCCCUGGUUUAAAGGCAUUGAAUGGGACAAUAUUAGGGAUGUUAAAGCUCAGUAUAUUCCUGAAGUCAGUAGUCCAACAGAUACCUCAAAUUUUGAUGUUGAUGAGACCGAUUUCCGUCACACUGACUCUCAGGCUCCUCCAGGACAUGGUGCCUUCAGAGGGCACCACUUACCUUUUAUUGGCUUUACAUUUACUGAGAACCAUUUGUUGUCUGAUCUGAAUGCCUUACUACCAGAUCUUGAUUCAACAGAUUCAGCACAAAUUAAUAAUAAAGUUCAAGUUCUUCAAAAAACUAUUAAUGAAUUGGAAGAAGAAAAAAAAGUGCUGGCUGAAAAAUUGAAAGAAACUUUAGAAUCUGCAGUAGGAGCUUCUAUUGUGGAAAUAUCACCUGGUGAUGCUGCUGCAGCUGCUGCUGGACCUUCCAAAUCAGAAGUCAAACAAUUAAAAGAAGAACUGGCUGCUUUACAAAAAAUAGUUUCAUUAAAGCAGUCUGAGGUAACUAAUCUUGAGAAUGACUUGAGGAAAUCCCAGGAUGGAAAGAGUGAGCUUGAGCGCAGACUUAGGCUAAUUGAUGCAGAAAAAAAUACAUUACAAAAGGAGUUUUAUGAUCUUCAGAAUAAAUAUAAACAGCAGACUAGGGAACUAAAAGAAGUGAUAUCAAAACAAAAAAUUACCAUGGAACAGUACACUGAUACAUCUGAUGUACUUGGGAAAACACAAUCCAAGGUAAAAGAACUUGCACGAAAUGUGCGUGACCGAGAAGAAGAAAUUGAAGAUACAAAACGAAAAGUAGAAAGCAUGAAGAUGGAACGGCGCAGGUCUGAAAAAACUCAUAGUGAACUGCGGCGGUCAUUAGAAGAGGCAAAGUCUGAGGCAAGCAAAGAAAAGAAGCUACGUGAAAGAGCUGAACAGUAUGCACGAGAACUUGAAACUGAAUUAGAAGCAGCCAAACAGAAACAAAUGGGAAGAUCAACAAGUUCUACUAGCUUGGAACUAACUCAAGAAGUUGCAAGGCUUAAAGCUGAUUUAGAAAAGAAAGAUGUUGGAUAUGAAGAAUCAAUUGCAAGAUUGAAAUCUGAACAAUCUAAACAUGAACAAGAAUUGCUGCACCAAAUACAAGAUUGGGAGAGCAAAUAUACUGAAGCCUUUGAAGAAUUAGAAAACUUAAAUGUUGAAUAUAAGAAUCAACUAAAACAAUAUAAUAUUAUUCUGAAAGAGAAGAAUCAGCUUGAGCAGGAACUGAAAGAUGUUAAUGACAAACGUGAGUCAGUUUCACAGUGGGAGGCACAGAUAUCUGAAAUUAUUAAAUGGGUGAGUGAAGAAAAAGAUGCUCGUGGUUACCUGCAGGCUCUGGCAACUAAAAUGACUGAAGAAUUAGAAAACCUUAAAGUUAUGGGUGAAGAUUCAGGCAGAAACCGAUGGCGUAACAGAAGAUCUCAACGUCUUGACAAGAUGGAAAUUCUCAACUUACAAUCCAGUCUACAGAGUGAAAUUCAGGCCAAACAACAAAUUUGUGAAGAGCUUACAAAAUCAAAAGCAAGUCAAGUUGCAACAGAAAACAAGCUCUUUGAAUAUGAAUCUGAGGUAAAAAAGUUAAAAGAAGAAUUAAAAGAGGCAAAAGAAUUCAGAAAUUUUGCUGGAGAUAAAUUUGACAACAAAAACAACGCAGAACUUGUUGGUAAAUGGAAAAGUGCUGAACACCAGGAAAUGAGAGAUCAGAGGGAAGAUGAUCACCAAGAUCGUUCACAACUGAUGAAAUUCUUCCAAGGUUUUAACACAUCAUCUUUACCAUUUGAGGAUUGGGAAGGUCUAUUAAGCUAUGAUUAUGCAGGGAAACCAACUGAGUCAUCAAAUGAAAGUGAAGUUGAAGAAUCUAGUGAGGAUGCUUCUUCAAUCAAUGACUCUCGAACUGCUUCACAUACUGACCUACCCAAUGAAAUGGACUCUGUGCCUUCAGCUAUUGCUUCAGAGUCUCCAAAGUCAAGGAAUGAUUCAUUUUAUGAUCAACCCUGGAACAGUGGCCAAAAAAAUUAUUCUUUGCCAAAGCAGUCUAAUCAACCUAAAGGUCAUCAAUUCACUGUUACUACUUUCAAUACAUUACACAAAUUCUCUCAAACUACUUUCCUUUUCUCUCUCUCUCUCUCUCGAACUACUACUAUUACUCUCUCUCGAAUUACUACUACUAUUACUCUCUCUCGAAUUACUACUACUAUUACUCUCUCUCGAAUUACUACUACUAUUACUCUCUCUCGAAUUACUACUACUAUUACUCUCUCUCGAAUUACUACUACUAUUACUCUCUCUCGAAUUACUACUACUAUUACUCUCUCUCGAAUUACUACUACUACUCUCUCUCGAACUACUACUACUACUACUACUCUCUCUCGAACUACUACUACUACUACUCUCUCUCGAACUACUACUACUCUCUCUCGAACUACUACUACUCUCUCUCGAACAACAACUACUACUACUACUCUCUCUCGAACAACAACUACUACUAACUACUCUCUCUCUCUCAACUACUACUACUACUCUCUCUCGAACAACUACUACUACUACUCUCUCUCGAACAACUACUACUACUACUCUCUCUCGAACAACUACUACUACUACUCUCUCUCGAACAACUACUACUACUACUCUCUCUCGAACAACUCUCUCUCUCUCUCUCGAACAACUCUCUCUCUCUCUCUCUACUUCUCUCUCUCUCUCUCUACUGCUACUACUCUCUCUCUCUCUCAACAGCUCUCUCUCUCUCUCUCGUACAACUACUCUCUCUCUCUCUCUCUAUUCUACUCUCCAUGUCUCUCUCUCUCUCGUUCACUCUCUCUCUCUCUCGUACUACUCUCUCUCUCUCUCAACUCUACUCUCUCUCUCUCAACUCUCUCUCUCUCUCGUUCUCUCUCUCUCUCUCUCGACUACUCUCUCUCUCUCUCUCGUACUCUCUCUCUCUCUCUCGUACUACUCUCUCUCUCUCUCUCUCUCUCUCUCCUCUCUCUCUCUCGUGCUACUCUCUCUCUCUCUCUCUCUCUCUCUCUCUCUCUCUCUCUCUCUCUCUCUCUCUCUCUCUCUCUCUCUCUCUCUCUACUACUCUCUCUCUCUCUCUACUACUCUCUCUCUCUCUCUCUCUCUACUCUCUCUCUCUCUCUCUCAUACUCUCUCUCUCUCUCUCUCUCUCUCUCUCUCUCUCUCUCUCUCUCUCUCUUUCUCUCUCUCUCUCUCUCUCUCUCUCUCUCUCUCUCGUACUACUCUCUCUCUCUCUCUCUCUACUCUCUCUCUCUCUCUCUCGUACUACUCUCUCUCUCUCUCUCUCUCUCUCUCUCUCUCUCUCUCUCUCUCUCUCUCUCAGGACUACUACUACUCUCUCUCUCUCUCUCUCUCAUUGGAUGA